AUGAGUGUAGUAACUAAUCAAUUUUCCAUUUUGCAGAAACAAUUAGAUUCUGAAUUACAUUCGUUGUCUUCGGAGUCCAAACGCAGAAAUCCACAGAUUAAAAGUGCAAGUGAUAAAUCUAUUAAGAUAUUAAAGACGGUCCAUAGUGCUGAAGAUCUACUGAGACAUCCAGAUUUUGUUGUUCCAUUUAUUUUAGCAAGUUCCUCGAGAAAUGCUAAACUGACAUCAAUUGCCAUUCAAUGCUUACAAGGUUUAUCUUCCUCAGAAUGUAUCCCUAAAAUAAGACUCUCAGAGGUUCUAGAUGGUUUUAUGGAAGCUACACAUUUAGCUAUGGAAAUUCAAUUAAAAGUAUUACAAGUUGUCCCUAUUUUUUUUAAAACUUAUGCAAAAAAUGUAACAGGUCCAUUGUGUUCAAAAUUAUUACAAUGUUGUGCUAACCUGUUACAAACGCCACAUAAAUCUUCCAUUGUAGCAGGAACCGCUAGUGCUACUUUACAACAAUUAAUUAAUGAAAUUUUCGAUCGUCUCUCAGAUAAGUCGCUAUUAUUAGAAUCCUCAGAUAGUACAGGAUCUACAUCACCACAACAAGAGUUUGAAGUCCUUGUAAAUAAUUCAGAAACAGUUAAAGUCAAUACUUAUAGAUAUGACGCAAAUAAAUUAUUUGCAGCAUUGUUUCAUUCUUUGGAUCCUAAGAAUAGUAAUAAUACUAAUUCAAAAGAUGUUAAUUCAUAUUUAAAUGUAAAUGAAUUACCACUUGGUUAUGGUUUGGAGAUUCUAGAAUCAAUCUUGGCUAAUAAUUCUGAGACUUUUGUAAAAUAUGAGGAUUUACAAUUUAUAUUAAAAAUUAAAGCCAUCCCGUUAUUAUUACGAUCAGUAUCAAAUUCAAAAAGUUUUGCCAUUGUUGUAAGAAGUUGCCGUUGUAUAAGAUUGUUGUUAAAGAAGGAAUAUCUUCCUAUCCUAGAAAUAGAAUUAGAAGUUAUAUUGUCACUAUUGAUUCAUAAUCUUUCAUUGGCGUCUCAAUUACCUAAUUGGCAAAGAAUAUUGGUCUUAGAGAUCUUUAAUGAAAUUUCAAAGGAUAUUAGAAUAAUAUCAGCAAUUUUCUUUUCAUAUGAUAACUUCCAAGAUAAAAAACAUGUAUUAUCAAACUUAUUACAAGAAUGUUAUAAACUUUUACAUUCGGAUGAAUGUAUUGCCUAUUUAAGUGAAUCACCAGUUAUAGAAAAAAUGGACAUGACACAUAUUUCAAAUGAAGAAAUGAAUUCUAAACCUAAAUAUCUUCAACUUCUAGAUAAAAAUAACGCACCAUCCACAAAUCAUGGUUAUAUAAUCUGGUUAAUAAUGAGUUUUACAUGUCGUUGGUCAGAAGGAAUUAACACUCUACUUAUUGAUCAAAGUACUAAACAGCAAGGUUCUAACAAUGAUGAAAUGAUACCAUUUUAUAAUGGUAUUUUCCCGGAAUUAUUCAAAAUUUUCAAAAUAUCACUUUAUUCGACUGCUAUUGAUUCACAUUUAUUUCAUUCUAUAGUUAGAGCAUUUCAAAAACUUGGAUAUAGUGCAGGAAUAUUGAAUAUAUCAGAACCACUAGACAAAUGUUAUGAAACAUUUGCUUAUGCAAUUGUAAACAACGUUGCAACCAUAAAGGAAGAAGGAACACCAGACUCUAGAGAUGAUCAGGAUGGUACUCAGACAGGUAACACAUCUGGUUACUUGAAUGUUAUUAGUGAGACGCUCAUUGGGACCAAUAAUGAGGAACCCGUAAAGAAUGAGGAAGCUGAGAAAAAGAAAUUACACAAAAGGUCGUUUAACUCGAAGCAUAUCAGCCUUUUCCGCGCACUUAUUUCGUUAUCUAUCUCAUUAGGGUCAAAUCUAAAAUCUACACACUGGGAGUACGUAUUCAUUACAUGGCAAUGGGUUUCUUAUUAUAUAUAUGGACCAUCCAUAGACUUUAUGGAAAGUUCAUAUUCUGAAGAUAUUCCGUCGGCACCUGUUAUAUCAAAGAAUGACAUCUCCAGUAUUGAAAGCGGUGUUUUAAAAUUAUUUGAGAGUACUUCUGCCUAUUCUUCAUCGUCAUUUCAGAUAUUACUGAAAUGCCUCAUCAAGCAAUCUGAUGAAGUUUUAUUCAUGGAUAAUACAACCGAAAAUUAUCACCCUAUUGAUUCUGAUAAGAAAAUCAUAGAGUGUGUGUACAACAAAGGGUUUUACAUUACUCAAGUUGGUGAAAUAUCGACAUAUAAUUACAACAGGUUCCUAAGUGGUACCAAGGGUAAAGAUUCGUGGAAUGUGGUGAUGGACUAUUUUAUAUCGUUGAUAUCAAACAGAUCCGUUGAAAGUUCGUCCUUGAGAUUAUAUAUUACCAGAGUGUUUACGGAUAUCUUAAAAAAUGCAACAGAAGACGUUAGUCGUGCAGCUGAGGAAGAAAAGAAUAACAAAAAAUUCAAUGUGUUAGAAGAUUUCGUCAUGUGUUCGUUAAUGGAUGCGAUCGAUGCUCUGAGUAAAUUGACAAUUACAAAAAAUGAAAUCUAUAAAGGUAUACUAAAUGUUGAAUCAGAAAUAUUGUUGCAAGUUCUAUCAACAUUAAAGGGUAUAUUAAAUGAAUUUGGUGAGGCUCUAACACAUUCUUGGUUGACAAUUUUUAAGGUAAUUAAUUCACCAUUCGAAGUCCUAAGUUAUGAUACUAUGAACUUGGACAAAGAUGAUGCAGAAGAAUCUGCAUUAAUUAAUGCUAUUUUCCAAAAAAAACUUGAAAUGAUUCAAAUCUCAUAUGAUGUUUUCAAAUUGAUUUCUGAUGACUUCCUUCAAUCUUUGCCACUCGAAACAAUCAGAUAUGUCAUUGAUACGUUGGUUAAUUUUGUCAGUCAAGAUAGAAAUUUAAACAUAUCAUUUUCUUCAAUUAGUCAAUUCUGGCUUGUUGGUGAUUAUUUGAGAAGUAGAAAAACACUAGAAUGCCAGCUGUCAGAAAGUAGUUGUGCCGAUUUCAUAAAGCUACUAUCAUCGGACAAUCUGACGCAAGUUAUAAGUUCCGAUGAACAAGCACUUUCCUUAGUUUAUAAUGGUUUAUGGGUUUAUUUAUUAAAGAAUUUAAUGAAGUGUACUGAUGAUAAAAGAACUGAUGUUAAAAACGGUGCUAUUCAAACAUUUUUCAGAAUUGUUGACUCACAUACAAACUGUCUCCCACCAUGGGAUAUUAUAUUUGAUGAAGUUUUACAACCGUUAUUAGUUAGAAAUGAAGCUCUUGAAAAUGCCGGGAAUUAUAUGGAGUUUUAUGAUAUUACAAUUAAAGGUUUAUUGAAACUUUAUCCAAUAUAUUUUAAGACCUUUACAGGUUCUAAUGAUCAAUCAAAAGCAUGGUUGACGUUAGAGCAAUUUUUAGAAGCUCUUCUUUCAUCAUCCAUAGUCUCCAUAAAAUAUGUUGCAAUUAAACAUUAUGCUGAACUUUUAAGGGUAAUGGGGGGAGUUGAAAAUAUCCCGCAAAAGCUUCUCGAAAAGGCUUACAAGAUUUGGACAAAAUAUAAAAUUGUGUACGGUGAUACGCAGCAAGGGGAUCCAUUUAACGGUAAAUCAGAAUAUGAUUGUGUCUUAGGAUUAAUCAAUGCAUUUCCGCUUCUUUAUAAAUUGAUGGUUGAUAAGAAUUUGGUUACUGAGGCAUUUGUAGAGGAUUCGUUGAAUGUUUUUAAUACUGCCUCCAGGUAUCCUCUACUACCUGAACAUAGUAGUGACAACAAAAGACCAUCCAGUUUGCAGAAAUCUAUUUUUGAUGCUCUAUCUUUAUUUGGUAAGCAUCAAUCGAGUAAUAUUGAAUUAUUAUUACUGUUCCAAAUUACUAGAAUCUGUACACUAACGUUUGAUACAAGAGAGAAAAUUGAGGCCAAACUUGGUGCUAAAUUUGGAAAGGAAGCUUCGAACCGUGUGCCAACAUUUGAGGUUAUUAGUUAUAAUGCAUGUGAGAUGUUGUUGGAACGCCUUCAAGAUACAAGUGGGAGUGUUAAAAUGCCAUUAGGAAAGGAAAAACAUAUUAUUAAGAUUUUAAGAAACCUAUCUGAUAUUAUUAGAAGAAAAUCAAUGAUCGGCAUGGUACCAAACGAAAAACCUCCAAUAUGGAUAUUAGCUUCCAGAUCAUUUAGAAUAUUGGUAAUUAAAAUUUUCGACAAUUUCACGGAAGACAGUACUUCCCCAUCCUUUAUGGAGGAGUUUCAUGAGAUCUUCAUUGAAGCUAUAAGCAACACAAUAGACAAGGAUAAUGGAGCUACACAAGAACUAUUAGGGGACGAAGACAUAAGUGAAUACUGCCAUCAUCGUGAAAUAUUCCUAAAAUCGAAGGUGAUAGUCUCGAUAACAGAAGAACAACUCAAGUAUUUUAUAUCCAUUGUUUGGAAAAACUCGUUGAUAUAUCAUUUAGAUGAAAUUGAAGAAAUUCUUGUGAAUUCAAAACCCACAUUCACUGAGGUUACAGAAGAAUUAUCUAAAACAGAUUUUGGUGAAAUGUUCGGAUCUAUUGUCGAGCCACAUCCCUAUGAUAAACUAGAAAUUUCUAUGGUCUGUCUCGAAGAUUUGGUACGUUUUGUAAGAAUUCAAGGUACCGCUUAUGAAAAAUUAAGAGACAUUACGGUUCCCUAUUUGGUGUGUAGGACGGCUUUCGUGUUGAGAAGAUUUAUUCUGGAUGAAAGUUUGAUAAACAAAGCACCUAUCCCAAGUUUAAGAAGAAUUGAGCUAUUGUGCUUAUUGAAAGGGUUGUGCGAUAUAAUCGAUGAAUAUCCUGACCUGGAAAAUAUAGAUGCUAGCUCGAUUACAUUUAAAAACAUUCUACUCCUAGCACCAUUAGUUUUGAGGGCAAUUCCUAUAUCUCACAAAGUUGAUGGUCUGCAAGAUAAAGUUUUAAGGAUGUCUUUAGCUUUCACCAAAAUAAUAUCUCAAUAG